GUUGUUUUCAACCACCGCUUUGUAUGUGUAAUUUGGGUCCCUGUGUAAACUAGACUUUAUUGAUUUUGUUGUUUUAGUUGCCAAUUAAAAGGAUUCACAUUCUCAAAAUGAUAGGAGAACUUGUCCCUCCUUUAAAUGCAUCGUUUAACUCUGCAAUACAUUACAUUACAUUACAUUACAGUCAUUUAGCAGACGCUUUUAUCCAAAGCGACUUACAGGAAGUGUAUUCAACAUAGGUAUUCAAGAGAACUACUAGUCACCAGAAGUCAUAAGUGCAUCUCCUUUCUUAAACAAGCAUCUAAAAGCAUAAACCAGAGCAAAAGUAUAGUGCUGUCAUGUAAAAUAUUACAUUCAUAUGUAUAAAUGCACACAUACAAAUCUCAAACACAGUAUAUUUUGUCUAUGCUUUCACAUCACACCACACUGUGCACAUUGCGGUAAAUGAUUAUAAGUUCUGUUAGAAGGUCAAAUACUCCGGACAGGGCGUUCUAGUGCCUGGCCGUGCGAUGGAAUAGAACAGAGACACUUAAAGAAGGAAUGUGCCCAGAAAGUCUAAAAGUCUAAACCAAGAGCCGCCUCUCUCAUUUUUGGACCUAUCAUAUUCAACUCACAAAACCUAUAUAACAUGAUGCGCACUCUGUAUAAGCGCCUUUUAGUUGCUGAACUUCUCAGUACUGCUAGGCCCGUGCACGUAUAACUGCUGGGCGAUAUACUCCUGUUAUCCUAAAAUAAAUACCAAUUUGUUUUAAGUUGAAUCUGGUGUAGAAGUCUCUCUUGUUUUCCACUCAACAGUGCAGAAGCAGAUUACUACGAAAACAAUUUGUUUAAACCAGAAGAAAUGGAUGGCAACUCGGAAGAUGCCUCUGAGCGAAUUCUGCUGGAACCAUACAAAUAUUUGUUGCAACUACCAGGAAAGCAGGUGAGGACAAAACUAUCCCAAGCAUUUAACCACUGGCUGAAUGUUCCAGAGGACAAACUGCAGGUGAUCAUCCAGGUGACUGAGAUGCUGCACAACGCCAGCUUGCUCAUAGACGACAUCGAGGACAGCUCCAAGCUGCGGCGGGGUUUCCCUGUGGCCCACAGCAUCUAUGGCAUCCCCUCUGUUAUCAACUCGGCCAACUACGUCUACUUCUUGGGGUUGGAGAAGGUGCUGACCCUGGAGCACCCCGAGGCUGUCCCAGUGUUUACCCGGCAGCUGCUGGAGCUACACCGUGGUCAGGGCCUGGACAUCCACUGGAGGGACACCUAUACCUGUCCCACUGAGCAGGAGUACCGCAACAUGGUGCUGCAGAAAACUGGAGGGCUAUUUGGUCUGGCCGUGGGCCUGAUGCAGCUCUUCUCAGAUUGGAAACAGGACCUGAAACCCCUCCUGGACACACUAGGCCUGUUCUUCCAGAUCCGCGACGACUACGCCAACCUGAGCUCUCGUGAAUACAGCGAGAACAAGAGCUUCUGUGAGGACCUGACUGAGGGCAAGUUCUCUUUCCCCACCAUUCAUGCCAUAUGGUCGCGUCCAGAGAGCACCCAAGUGCAGAACAUCCUGAGGCAGCGCACGGAGAACAUGGACAUCAAACGAUACUGCGUGGACUACCUGGAGAAGGUAGGCUCGUUCGCCUACACCCGUCAGACUCUGCGGGACCUGGAGGUAGAGGUCUACCGCCUCAUCGGGGAGUUUGGGGGAAACCCUCAACUGGAGAGCCUCGUCAAACACCUUAGCAAAAUGUAUCGUGAGGCUGAAGCCACAGCAGAGGCCAGUAUUGAACCACAGUCCAGCCAAAUCCACUGACCUCAUGUACCUUUCACUGCUUUAUGACUCGCAUACUAGCCCUGCACACUCCACUAUCACAGAAGCUCUGCUAAUACAUAGAUGCAGGUAUAUCAAUUUCACAAAAGCUCAACACACAUACUGGUAUGUUACAAUCACAAAAUAGAGUCCCAAUUAAUAAUUAAACUUGGGCUAUUUUGAAUUCUGGUAGACAAAGCUUAAAAGCCUUCCUUUUGAUCUUCACUGCGGUGCAUAUAAAUGUAUUCUUUAUAUUUGCCACCAAAUGAAAAUGAUUUAUCGAGAGCUGAGUGAAUGCUGGGUGUUUUUUGUUUUUUUCUGAAGUCCCUGUUUAAAAUAAGAUGUAUCCAGUAUAUGAUGUGUGAUUUGGAGAUCCUCAGUCAGUAAGCCUCCAGAGUGCCAAUCCUGUGGAAAAGACCUCUGCAACUCAAUUGUCUACUUGUUAUGUAACACGCUGGCAUUAUAUGCAAAGUAGUGCUCAUGCUGUUGAUGUUCGGCUUUAUAUUAAUACUCUGAUGUUUUGGGUUUAUUUCAGACUGCGUUUCUGUCUGGUUCAGAUUCAACACAGCUUUACACGCAUUUUAUCAGGGUGAAUUAAUUAUAUAUAUAUAU